AAAAGUGAACAUCACUGUGACCCUGGGAGCCCACAACAUAAAUAAGAAUGAGCCGAGCCAGCAGGUGUUCCACGUUGGACACUGGGUCAUCCACCCCAAGUAUUCAGGAUAUACCAGUGAAAAUGACAUCACGCUGCUGAAGCUGAAGCCAAGGGCCAAGCUGACUAAGUCAGUCAGUUAUAUCCCCUUCGCCAGUCACAAGGAGCGUGUGGAACCAGGAACUAUGUGCCAAGUGGCUGGCUGGGGCAGGACAUCGAUGCCUGGGGAUGUGACUAGUGUGCUGAUGGAGGUGGACCUGAAGGUGCAGCGUGAAAAUAUUUGUGAGGAGUCCUUCAAAAACUAUCUGCAGCAGUCUAUGAUCUGCAUUGGCGAUGAGAAUGGCAAAAAGUCAACUUUCCAUGGGGAUUCUGGCGGCCCAUUAGUCUGCAACAGGAAGGCUCACGGCAUUGUUUCUUAUGGACGCAAAUAUUGCAUCUUCCCUAAAGUAUUUACCAGA